AUGUAUGCCUCCAAAGCAUUAAUUAUUCUGGUCAGGUCAAACCUCGCUUUGCCUCAGUCUUACAUAAUCAACUCACUAAUAUCAAGAGGAUGCUGUGGCCACCUUGUAUGGAAAACCUCAGACACCUUACUUAGAUCUCUCUGCUCAAGCUCUCCUGCAGAUUUUGAUCUUUUUUCGAAUAUUUCAGUUGAAGUUCCUCAUACUCAAUUAUCAAUUACAAACAUAGAAGCAGAUGUUGCAAAUAGCAAGAAAAAGCUGGUCAUUGUAGUUCUUGAUGCUUCUGGUCAUGAAAGCGAAACUCUCCAAAUAAUUGAAAACUUGAUUACAUCUUAUAUUGAGCUGUUUAGAGUUUCUUUUAUUUUGGAACCUUGCGAGUUUCCACAGGAAAGAGAAAACAACUCAAUAAUCUCGGAUAUUCUUCCAAAGCAGUCAUAUAAUUUCAAAGAUUGCGUUGAUAUAUCUGAGUCAAUAAACAGAAAUGUCUCUGCAUUCUACGCAGAUUAUGAAAAAAAUUACACAAGAAUAGACUGAAGCCAAAGCCUGGAAGAAGCAAUGAAAGAAAAAGGUGGCAACCAAAUUAUCUUAGCAGAUAAUUAUCUAAAAGAGAUAGGAUUCAGACUAGGACUUUGCCCAAAAUAUGGGUCAUAA